AUGAUAGUACAGGAAUGUCCCUUCCCCCAAAAGACUGAAUUUGAUAAUUUUGGACCAUCCAGGAUGCUGUAUAGUUUGGAUAAUAAUGUGCUGAGCCUGGAACAGAGACAAUUUUAUGAAGAAAAUGGAUUUCUUGUUAUUAAAAAUCUAGUAUCUGAUGCUGAUAUUCAACGCUUUAGGGUUGCAUUUGAAAAGAUCUGCAGCGAGGAGUCCAAACCUGUAGGACUCAUUAUAAUAAGAGAUGUGUCCUCUGUGGAAUCAGAGGAUAUACCAAGUGAGAAAACAAUUGCAAGGAUUCAAGAUUACCAGGAAGAUAAGGAGCUCUUUAGAUACUGCACUCUCCCAGAGGUUCUGAAGUAUGUGGAGUGCUUCACUGGACCCAAUAUCAUGGCCAUGCACACAAUGCUGAUAAACAAACCUCCAGAUAUGGGCAGGAAGACUUCCCGGCACCCCUUGCACCAGGAUCUGCACUUUUUCCCCUUCAGGCCCAGCAAUCACAUUGUUUGUGCUUGGACCGCUAUGGAGCACAUUGACCAGAACAAUGGCGGCUGUCUGGCUGUCCUCCCAGGCACUCACAAACUUCCCCUGAAGCCACAUGAAUACCCACAGUGGGAGGGUGGAGUUAACAUUUUCUAUUAUGGGAUCCAGGACUAUGACCAGGACCAUGCCCGAGUGCACCUUGUGAUGGAAAAGGGAGACACCGUCUUCUUCCACCCAUUGCUCAUCCAUGGAUCUGGUCAGAAUCAAACUCAAGGAUUCCGGAAAGUAUGCAUCCAUGUUGCUUUAGUUUUGAAAGAUGAAUGGGUUCAGAACAGAAAAUCAUAGGUAUAUUAACACAUAAAAGAUUUAUGACUUUUCACUAAACUGGACUAUUUUUUUCAGUUUGUUAACCAGGAAGAAUAUUUGCCUUCCUUGUACAUUUUUUUUUUUUUCUCUACUCAGUCAGAAGCCAGGUACCAUCAGGAUCCUAAACCUGUUACUUGUGAAUCUUGGUCAUUUGUGGAAUUCCUUCAGAGCAGUGGCUCACCUUGCAGUGCACAGUUUCUGUUUUCUUAAGUUAAAACAAUGACUAAAAUACUCAAAUAAUCACAUUUGGGAUU